AUUAUAACUCUUAAAUAUCCAUCGAAAUAUGGUGAUAUUGAUAAUUUGUAGGAUUCUAAUAUAUCAUGGACUUUAAAGGAUUCUUAAUGUCCUAAUAUAAAUACAAAACUCCUCCAGAAAUUUCAUCUCUACGUAAGAGAUUUUGAUAUAUUCCGUGUUUCUCUCCAUCGAAUGUGAACAAGAAAAAGAUAUCAGCCCAAACCCAUAUUUGAACCCGGCCCAUGACCGAUCGUUUCAGCCCAUUUAGUGACUGCACCAAUUGCACACACGGAACGAGAGAGAGAGAGGGGUCCACUCACAGACACGUGAUGCGGAUCUGCUCCUAAUCUGCUGCCACGUGUCCGAGGGUUGAAACAGUCGCGAAGAAAGUCGUAGCUCGCCGGAGAUGGGGAAUUUGUUCACGUUUCAGUCGCCGCCGCCUCCGCCGCCGAUGGUGCUGGUCCCGCCGCUCUUCGAUUUCCCUCCCCUCGCCGCCCGUACGAGAAUGCUGGAAUCGUCUUACGACAUGCUGUUUGGAAAGCUGGCCCUGAAAUGCCUCUUCGAGGACUAUUUCGAAGAAGCGCGGCACUUCAACACGAGAAUUAUGCUCAAGCCGAUUGAUGAUCCGCAUGUCGAUUUGAUUGCGGCUGUUGCUGGUCCACUCGAUUACAAGCCAGAUGAGAAAAUUGCAGCAAAUGCACAGUUUCGUUGGCAAAGUGAUGUUCUCGAUCCUCACACAUUUGUCGAUCUCUCUGUUUCAAACUCAGAUCCAACUUUAAUGAUGAGAUCCUGUGCAUACUACCCCAAGUUUGGAUUUGGAGCAUUUGGCAUCUUCCCACUUCUUUUAAAACAAAGAAAUUCUUCUGAAGAUUAUGGCAUCAUGGGUUUGAGAUAUGGGUCUUCUAAUCUUUCAGUUGGAGCUACAUUUGUCCCAUUUCCUGCAGCAACUGAUGAACUCCCUAAAAAGGCAUGGUUAGUAAGUAAGAUGGGAAGGUUAACUGCUGGAGUGCAAUACGAACCAACAUUUGGAAGCACAGACGGACCUAGAUACAAAAACUUAGCAAAUUGGAGCUGUGCAAUGGGUUAUGGACUAGGAUCAGGCAGCCCAUUGAGCCCAUCAUUCAACUUUGGACUCGAACUUGCUAAAAACUCCCAGUUUAUUGCUUCUUUCUACCAGCAUGUGGUCGUCCAAAGACGGGUUAAAAAUCCAUUGGAGCAAAAUGAAGUAGUUGGAAUCACGAACUACAUUGACUUUGGCUUUGAGUUGCAGACAAGGGUUGAUGAUGCUCAACAAGCGAACAAUAUUCACGAUUCCAGUUUCCAAGUUGGUGCAUCUUGGCAAGCUAAUAAAAACUUUUUAAUAAAGGGUAAGGUGGGACCUCUAAGCUCCUCAAUAGCCUUGGGUUUUAAGUCAUGGUGGAAACCUUCUUUCACAUUAAGCGUGUCAGCUGUUAGAGACCGCACAAAGAGGGUAACAGCUUUUGGUCUCGGUAUCCAAAUCGACAAUAUUCGGGAAGGAAUGUAUGAGAGGGCUGAUCCCAAUUUUGUGAUGCUGACGCCAAGCAAGGAGCAUCUUGCUGAAGGCCUUCAGUGGAAAAUUGGGGAGAGACCGCUAUUUGAAUCAGAUGUUACUUCUGGCAAUUUUAAUGGCGUGCCCAAGGAAUUAAGGCCCUUAAACAAAAUGCUGUGAUCGACUGAUCAUGACGUUCUCUCUCUCUCUCUCUCAAAUACACUAGGAAUUUUAUAUCUGUUAGAAUAGAGAUUAUAUUUGUUUUCUAAUUAUUUUGAUGAAGGAAUCUUCUUCAAAAUGUUAGUCCCCCCCCCCCCACCCCCAUCCCCCUAUUUUUAUACGCAGAAAAUAGAAAAUGUCACUCCAUAUAUCGCAAUGGAACUUUCGACUGUCUCAA